GCACUUGAUCAGAUGGAUCUGAAUGUGGAACCGUGUGAUGAUUUCUUCAACUAUGCUUGCGGAAGUUUCGUAAGAAAAACUACAAUCCCGGACGAUCGAGUCUCUAUCAACACCUUUUCGGUGAUAAGGGAUCGGUUAAAAGAACAGAUACAUUCAUUAGUGAGCGAAAAUGUUAUUGAAAACGAGCCCGAGCCAUUCAAGUUUUCGAAAAAUCUAUUCAGAAUUUGUAUGAACAAAACCCAAAUUCAGAAGAACGGAAUCAAGCCACUUGAAGCUGUUUUUGACCAUUUUGGUGGUUGGCCAGUACUGAAGGAAGAUAAAUGGAAUUUUGACUCUACAUGGUCAUGGGUGAAAGCGGUCAAAUAUUGUCGACGGCUGGGCUACAGUACGGAUUAUUUAAUAAAUUUUUCAGUUGGAUCGGAUUUGGAAAAUUCAAGCCGCAGAACUAUUAAAAUAGACCAAGCUUCUUUAGGUACUAACCGUGAAUACCUAAUCAAGGGAAUCAAUCAUCCGAUAGUAUCGGCGUACUACAGUUACAUGGUUGAUAUGGCUGUUCUGCUCGGUGCCAGCAAGGAACGUGCCCAACAAGACCUACUGAAAUCUUUAAAUUUUGAAAUUGCACUUGCCAAGAUAUCGAUAUCCAAAGAAAAACGUCGUAACAUUACUGCGCUGCACAAUCCGAUGACAGUUGAAGAAUUUCAACGAAGAUAUCCCUAUACAGAUUGGGUCGAGUAUUUCAAUGUGAUUCUAAGGGGCACUGGGAUAACCAUCGACGAAAACGAAAUUAUUAACGUCAACGUGCCAACCUUCAUGGACCAAUUGGGACAGUUACUUUAUAAUACCCCGAAAAGGACUUUGGCUAAUUAUGUACUGUGGCGAGUCAGCGGAUUUUCAUCGUUCUUCCUUACUGAUAGUAUUCGAAAACGACAAUUACAAUAUAGUACAGUAAUAAGCGGUAAGCAAAAACAUGAGCCUCGUUGGAAGGAAUGUGUGGACAUUGUUGCUGAACGUCUAUCGAUCUCGGUCGGAGCCUUAUACGUUCGAAAAUAUUUUCACAAAGACUCGAAACAUGCCGCUUUGGACAUGGUGAACAACAUCAAGUCAGCGUUUGUAGAUAUAUUAAAAAAUGUUAAGUGGAUGGACGAAAUCACUCGGCAAUCGGCUUUGGAUAAAGUCGGAUCAAUGGUCACUCACAUAGGAUACCCAGAUGAGCUGAUGUAUGAUAGAAAUAUUGCUGAGUAUUAUGACGGUCUCCAGUUGAAACCAGAUGAGAGCUUUUUGAACGCCAUUCUGCUUUUAAACCGGUUCAAAACUACAAAAGCAUUCAAAAGACUACGUCAGCCAGUCAACAAGACUGAUUGGAUCAGCCACUCCAGACCAGCGGUUGUCAACGCUUUUUACUCGGCAAGCGAAAAUAGUAUUCAAUUUCCGGCCGGCAUUCUUCAGGGACACUUUUUUGCAUACGACCGACCCAAGUAUUUAAACUAUGGAGCGAUUGGAUACGUAAUUGGACAUGAAAUUACGCAUGGUUUUGACGACAAAGGCCGUCAAUUCGACAAAAAUGGUAACCUGUACGAUUGGUGGCAACCGAGUACCAAGCGGGCAUAUCUACAGAAGGCUCGAUGCAUAAUUGAGCAGUACGGAAACUACACCGAACCGAAUGUUAGGCUAAGAGUAAACGGUGUGAGCACCCAGGGUGAAAACAUUGCCGACAAUGGAGGAAUUAAGGAAGCCUACUACGCCUAUCGGAAGUGGGCAGAAUGGAAUGAACCUGAACCCCAGUUACCUGGACUUGAUCUGACACCAGAGCAAAUGUUCUGGCUAUCGGCGGCCCAAACCUGGUGUUCCGUGUACCGACCGGAAACAAUGAGCAAAAGGAUCACUACGGGAGUUCACUCACCUGGACGAUUCCGAGUCAUCGGUCCUAUGAGCAACAUGGUUGAGUUUGCGAGAGAUUUCAAUUGUCCCACAGGAACGCCAAUGAAUCCGGUGCGAAAAUGUGAGGUUUGGUGA